GACACAGAUAUGAGAGAGGGUGAGAGUGUGUGAACACCGACAGCCAUGAUAUUCCAAAGUCACAUAUCCGGCUGAAUUUUCCUGGUAUUACAAAAAAAAAAAUCCACCUCGAUGGUCAAUACAUGCAUGAUUUUAAUACAUCUCAGAUGUGAUACGUGUCACUGGAGUUAUUAGUGUUGAGUGGGAUUAAUCGAGAGUCAGUCGACGCCUUUCGGGGUCUUGGAAGUAUUUUGAUUGUUGAAGGGAUCAUGGAGUGGCAGUAUGUGCCAGCAGUUUAGCAGUUUUCGAGGGCAUUCUGGGGAUCUGGUCGUUGGGCAUUCGGGAAGUGGUGGGUUUUGGUGGUGAGGUAACGGAGAGGAGUUUAUGAUGCCGUUGGCUAAUCAAACACUUCCUUGGAACCAGCAGAAUGUGAUUGAAAAGGUAUCCCCUGAAAUACUGCCUGCUGAGCAUCAAGAAACAAUGACGGCCCCAGGUCCUGGCUUUCCAGAUGCCAAUUCAAAUGGCCACGUUGAGUCACACGAGAUCGAAGUCCGUGAAGUGGUACGCGAUGGUCAUGAAAAAGCUGAUCCCAGUCAUUUUGAGUUGCUGAAAGUCCUGGGUCAGGGCUCAUUUGGGAAAGUAUUUCUCGUUCGCAAAGUUGUCGGUAGGGACAAGGGUACAUUGUACGCAAUGAAGGUACUCAGAAAAGCGACGUUAAAAGUCAGGGACCGAGUUAGAACAAAAAUGGAGAGAAAUAUUCUCGUAGACGUUGAGCAUCCAUUCAUCGUUCGUCUGCACUACGCUUUCCAGACUGAAGGCAAACUCUACCUUAUUCUCGACUUUCUGAGGGGUGGGGAUUUAUUUUCACGUUUAUCCAAAGAGGUGAUGUUCACCGAAGAAGAUGUUAAAUUCUACCUAGCUGAACUAGCCCUAGCUCUCGAUCACAUUCACAAUCUGGGGAUCAUCUACAGAGAUUUGAAACCUGAGAAUAUUCUCCUGGACUCCAACGGUCACAUGUCCCUAACAGACUUCGGCCUCAGUAAACAGCCCCUAGACGACACAAAGACCUACUCUUUCUGCGGAACAGUCGAGUACAUGGCCCCAGAGGUGGUAAAUCGUCAAGGACAUUCUUUCGCUGCUGACUGGUGGAGUUUUGGGGUUCUGAUGUUCGAGAUGUUGACAGGAGCCCUUCCCUUCCAAGGAGCCAAUCGAAAGGAAACCAUGACUCAGAUACUCAAAGCAAAACUAGGAAUGCCGUACAACAUAUCCCCAGAGGCCCAGGCCCUUCUGCGAGUCCUCUUCAAGAGAAAUCCAACGAACAGGCUAGGAUCCAAGGGAGUCGAUGAGAUCAAGAAUCAUGCCUUCUUCGCGUCCAUCGACUGGCAGGCACUCUACCAGAAGAAAGUCAAGCCCCCCUUCAAGCCAGCUGUCAGUGAAGAGGAUGAUGCUUUUUACUUUGACAGCGAAUUCACCUGCAAGACACCUAGAGACUCCCCAGGACUACCACCCAGUGCCACGGCUCACGAAUUGUUUCGGGGCUUCAGCUUCAUUGCACCGGGCCUCCUGGAGGACCACUCGAAACCACCGGAUUUGAGAAGUGUCGAGAGCAUCAGCAGUGUCUUUCCAACUUAUGUAAAUGCAGCUCCUAUAAGGGAGGAAUAUGAAUUCAAGGAGGAAAUAGGCAAAGGAAGUUACAGCACAGUGUACCGAGCAGUUCACAAAUCGACAAAGCUGGAGUACGCGAUAAAAAUGAUCGACAAAUGCAAGAGAGACCCAACAGAAGAGAUAGAGAUUCUCCUGAGGUACGGUAGACACCCCCACAUCGUGACCCUACGAUCUGUCCAUGAGGACGAACGUCGAGUCUACCUCAUCCUGGAGCUCCUCAAGGGUGGCGAGCUCCUUGAUCGCCUCCUAGAGAGGAGAAACUUCACAGAGAGAGAGGCUGCUGAGGUGACAUUCACGAUAGCCAAUGUCGUGAAUUAUCUGCACGAGAAUGGUGUCGUCCACAGGGACCUUAAACCCUCCAACAUUCUGUAUUCAAAGCCUGGCGGUGAUCCCGGCUCCUUGUGCAUCUGUGAUCUGGGCUUUGCCAAGCAAUUGAGAGCUGAGAAUGGAUUACUCAUGACCCCCUGUUACACAGCCAAUUUUGUGGCACCUGAAGUGCUCAAGAGACAGGGCUACGACGCCGCGUGUGAUAUCUGGUCCCUUGGGGUUUUACUCUAUAUCAUGCUCGCUGGGUACACACCAUUUCCUAAUAGCCCUGGUGACAGUGCCAGUGAUAUUCUUAAUAGGAUUGGGCCAGGAUAUGUGGAUCUGGACACUGGGGUCUGGAGCUGCAUUUCGGGAGAGGCGAAGGAGCUCGUGAGGAGAAUGCUGCAUAUUGAUCCGCACAGGAGGCCUACUGCUGCUGGUGUCUUGAGGAGUACUUGGAUCGUCAACAGGUCUAAUCUGCCGCAGAAAGUAUUACCUGGAGCUGGACGAGAUCCUCAUAGUUUAAAGACUGCAGUUGCCGCAACGUACAAAGCCAUGUCCAACAGUCCAGGUUUACCCCACAUCGGUCCUGUAGUGAUGUCAGACUUGGCACGUCGUAGAGUCCAGGCAAAGCCCACAGGAGUAACAAAACUCUAAUCAAAUACCAAAACAUUCUCCUGAUACUCUUGUACUCUUAGCCAUUUGAUCAAGUGCAUGAUUGACAUCGACCGACAGUGCAUUAGCCCAACAAUAACACGAGUUAUCAAGUCGUCCACUGGUGCCAACAUGUAAUUAACUCGAGACUAUUAAUUUGCCAGUAUUUAACCUAUCAGUCUCAGUUCGAUUAACCAAUUAAGUAGAUACAUUCCAAAUGUUUUUCAUCGAUUAAAAUUAGUCAUUGAGAUUAGGAAAAACAAUUUAAGUCCUCUCACCAAAGCCACUGAGGAUUGAAAAAAUGAGUAAUAAUUGUCGCUGAUGAAAUGUAAAUGGCACAGAGUGUUAAUUAAUUCUUGCAAUGUGAUUGUAUUUUUUUUAUCACUUAAAAAUCAUUAGAUGUUCGAUAAACAAAACAAAGUGUUUUAUAUAGGUCUUAAGGAGAUUUAAUUGUUGUUGAUGUCUGACAGAUUUUAAAACGGACAUAAUGAAAAUUUAUUCUAAAGAGAUAAUGUUAUAUAAAAUCUUCCAUAAUUAGGUGUUCGAUUGAUGGCACUAAAUGGUGUUGAGAAAGGGAAGAAUUGUCUUUCAUGGAUACACACAUACCUCGUUAGCUUCAUAUACAAGGCCUUGAAUUUUUUAUGAUAUUCAUUAGCUUUUUGGAAUUUUUGUGGAACUCUUAGUGUUUUGUACAUUGUCUCUGUGUCUAGUAGCAUUUUUGCAUUUUUAAAUGGAGCAAAUCAGGAGAUCGCGGAUUGAUUUCACAUUUGUUGAUGGAUUGGUGGGGGUCAAGGUGUUGUUCAAGUCAAUAUUGAUUGGAAAAAGGCAAUUCAGUAGUAAAGUGAUGAAGUUUCGUGAGACGCUUUUCAUAGAAAAUAAAAUUCUCCACGAGAAAUGUUUUUUUUGGUUCCGAACUGCACUAUUUAUCGAACUAAAGCUCAAUCCUUGAAAAUUAGGUCGGUUAGAGUCCACCAUUGUACUACUGAGUUAUCUUCAUGUGAAUCAUUGUGUGAAUUUUCCCGUUCAGAGUAUAAUUGUUCAAGUGUUGAUAGAGAAAAAUUUUAAUCUCAUUGUCAGAACAUGUAUUGCCAUAAUUAUAAGAAUAAUUCCCUUGAGAUAUUUUAAAAUAUAUUAUAGACUAUUUCUACGUUUCCUGUCAACGCUUACAAAGAUGAAUUUAUCCAAGAUUACCUGUAGUGAGAGAGAAGAAGCGAAGAAAGAAUAUACUUAACAUUAUCAAUUGGUA